CCAAUCUUCACUAAACCUUGGCAACUUACAACAAUUCCCACAUUCACUUUUGUCAUAGCGACGCGUCUGCCUAACGAGCACCCGCGAUCCGCACUAGCUUCAUAGUCAUCAUGGAGCAGUGCUCUGAUUGCAUAUCUAUUCACUACCAAUGAUGUUCUUUGGGAGCUCGGAGAUCGCUGGCAAUGUCCUGAGGUCUUCUAAGGCGUUGCGUGCAUCACUAGCCUUGCGCCAUUGGGUAGUACGAAGCUUUAGGAUGACAACUACGCCGACGAAACACCAAUUAUGGCACCCAAAACGGGGUAUAUCGUUCUCGCCUGCCACGCGAUCUCCGAAUUUUCAUCCUCAAGAUCGCCAGGCUUGGAAUGAGAAUGCGAUUGCGACGAAUCAAGCGCGGGGGUUCACGUCUGAAUCCGAUACACUGGACUCCGCCUCGUUAUAUCCAAAACUCGAAGAGCUAUCGCUAUCGACUUCGGAGAACGGCACGCCGAAAACGAAUGGAGCUACGUUUGAAGCCGGAGCCGCGGAUAAGAGCGCAGCUUCUCCUCCUGCGGAAAAGCAAGAUGCGUCCUCAGAGACGAACAACCUUGCCGAACCGCCCGUCUCUGUACUACCAUUCAAAAUGGUAGACUCCCUAUUCUAUGCUGCUAAGAAGGCUCCCGUUGGAUCUAAAGAGUCGUUUUGGUCUUACAACCAAUACCGAGGAACCGUGGAAGAUGGCACCGAGCAGAAAGUAAAAGUGCAUUACUGUCGAAGCAAGCAUACAAUGGAACAAGUCUGCCAAAAAUACUUCAUGAAUGAGAAAGUACUGGGCUUCGAUCUAGAAUGGGUCGAAAAUUCGAUGAAGCACCACAGUGCAAAGAGGAAUGUCUCAUUGAUUCAAUUAGCGAGUCCAAGUCGGAUUGGGCUUUUUCACGUCGCCCUUUUCAAUGGUACAGGCAGCCUUAUCGGUCCUUCAUUCAAGGCUAUCAUGGAAGAUUCCAGUAUUACCAAAGUUGGCGUUGCUAUUAAAGGCGACGCAACUAGGUUGCGGAAUUUCUUAGGGGUUGAUUCGAAAGGGUUACUGGAGCUCAGCCAUCUAUACAGGCUGGUUAAAUAUCUUCCCAGGGGAGAGUACAAAGAGAUCAACAGGAAAGUCGUUACCCUCGCAACCCAAGUAGGAGAAUUUUUGCAUCUACCCCUUUUCAAGGGGUUGGAUGUCCGAGCAAGUGAUUGGACGAAAGCUCUGAACAUGGAGCAAGUUAUAUAUUCGGCAUCGGACGCCUACGCUGGAUUACAACUCUAUGCAAUUCUCGAGUAUCAUAGAAAACAGCUCGAUCCAUGUCCGCCCACUCCUUACCACGCGGAACUCAAUCGGCCUAUCCGUAUAGCGGGUGGAGAAGAGCUGGCUACGAGCGAUGACCCCACUGUCGAUGCGAUCGAGGAAACGGAGCUAGAAGCUUCUGCGAAUUCUAAGCCGAAAAGCGUCUCACCUAAACGUCCUUCAGGUCCUAAAGAUUCCCGGGUCGAAAUUGCUGAGGAUCGUGUAGCCUGCUAUAAACUUGCGCAUCCAGACGCACGCGCGAACGUUCCCCAGCUUCGCGCAUAUUAUUUGUGGCAUGAUCAGGGUCUUGAUCCGCAGACUAUUGCGCAAGUACUACGAGACCCACCGCUUAAGAUGAGCACGGUUACCAGCUACAUCCUGGGAGCAGUUCAGCAUGAGAAAUUGCCAAUAGAUGUGGAGAGGAUGCGUCAAGAGGUCGCGUGUAUGGUUGAAAAGGAAAACUUACUUCGCUCGCGGUGGCCUUCCGUAGCUGAUGCGAUUGCGGUUCAGGAUGAGUGAUAUUUAUGAAAUUCGUUGAUAACAUUGCAUUUAUAUACCCCGUUGCGAUGUACAUGAGGUCGGUAUCUAUUUAUCACGGCGUUUUGGGGAGAAAUAUCAAGAAUCUAGCCUUUAAUGCCUUGGUUGAAGGUCGAGACAGACGGACGUCUGACUAAUUAAUGGUACCAUGGAUACAUUGCGGUCCGUCGAAUCUUUAAACCGCUCGUCCACUUACACCUUUUAACGUCGACCGCCUAAGUCUUGGUCUUCCGGAAGGAGCUAGCAGAUGUGGAAAGGGGUUUGGACAUCGAAUUGUUUAACUGGAUAUCUUGCUGGAUGCUAAUAUCUAGGUGGUAUGUGUUGAGCUCAUCGUACAUAGAAUAGAGCCGUCGCUGUAUACUACCGCACAACUACUCAGAAAACAUAUGUAGUGUCCUACAUGAGAUCAUUAUCUCCAAGUGAAAUAUGAUUGUAUCUGCUUUGAAGAAA